AUGGGUACCACUCGCCCUGGAGGAAUUCCCGCAGAGAGCUGUAAAGGCUGGAUCCUUAAUAUAUUCAAGGGUGGGCAGUCGUUUUUCAGCCGCAAGGACUCCAUUCGAUCUAUCUACACAUCCCUCCACAGUGAACUGCGCAAGUUGGCCACCACUGCACGGAAUUCAGCGACAGGGGCCUCCCCGUAUCUGGAAGAGCUCCUCUCCCACCUUUCGGAGCAGCUUUGCUUUUUCAUUCAGGCUCGAAUGGAAAUUGCUGACUUCUACGAGAAGAUGUAUUCCCUCAGCACCCAGAAGUCCAUCCACUCAACGGAAGUGGUGCAUGCGCUGGAGGCGAUUCUGCAGAAAUACAGCUCCAGGUUCCAUCACCCCAUCUUGAGCCCAUUGGAGAGUAGCUUUCAGCUGGAGGUGGACGUACUGGCUCAGCUUCUGAAGGCACAGAAUGAGAUCAGUGAGUGGAAGUUCCUCCCGUCGCUACUGAACCUGCACAGCGCCCACUCCAAGCUGCAAAGCUGGGGACAGACUUUUGAGAAACAGCGGGAGACCCGGAAGCACUUAUUCGGGGGCCAGACCCAGAAGGCCCUUCAACCGCCGCACCUCUUCCUGUGGCUGGCCAAGCUGAAGACCGCCCUGUUGGCCAAGUUCACCUUCUACUUCCACGAGGCACUGGGCCGCCAGACCACCCCGUCAGAAAUGAAGGCCUUGACCGCAAAGACCAAUCCGGAUUACUGUGGCAAGAUCUCCAGCUUUAUUCGCAAGUAUGACGCCGAGAAUGUCUCGCUGAUAUUCGACAACAGGGGCUCCGAGACUUUCCAAGGGCACGGAUACCACCACCCGCACUCAUACAGGGAAGCCCCCAAGGGGGUUGAUCAAUACCCGGCUGUUGUUUCCUUGCCCACUGACCGGCCCCUAAUACACUGGCCCAACGUGAUCAUGAUCAUGACGGAUCGAGCAGCAGAACUGAACACUUUGGACAAAGUCGUCCAUUUUUACGACGACAAGGUACAGAGCACUUACUUCCUGACACGCCCCGAGCCCCAGUUCACCAUUGUGGUCAUCUUCGACUCCAGGAAGUCUGAGAAAGACUCCCACCUUCUCUCCUUCCUCAAUGAGCUCUCCAGCUCCCUGAAGAACUCCAAGCCGUUUGCCAGCUUGAAGCCAGGGUCGAAAAACUGAAGCCAACAGCUGUCGUCCCAGUAAAUGCAUCACUAAUGAUGAAACAAGGAUGGCAGGAGGUGGAUUCCGCUGGCAGUGGAUUCCAGAGUAAUUUUCCAGACUUCAGUCAAGUCUCCAUCCAUUACUGUUGGGGGAACUGGGACUCCAGUAAUUGUUUCAGUCUUUGGGAUGUUGAGUCCCAUAACUCGCACCCAGCUAAGAAUUGCACAGACUAUGUUUACUAUGAAUGAUUGCAGUAAUGUCAAUGCUAAUGCUAACUGAUAUGAGGAUACCUUACAAAUAUGAAAUAAAACACUUGAAUUCAGUGCGAA